GAAAUGAUGCUACUUUUAAACUGUUUGUCUAUACGUAGUGAGGAUUGAACGCAGUUUGAAUGAUCAUAACAAAUAGCAGAAUUCAGCAGAACUUCCACGACACGCGAAAAUGUGUUUCGAAAGUUAGGUUAUGUGAUAGAACAUCAUCAACAAAAACUAACCAUGUUCUCUAACGAGAACGGUGUUAAGAAGAACUCUUGUGUUUUUGGAUAUAAACACGCUUUACUACAUAGACAUCGACAUUACGAAGACGAAAACGAAUGGGGAUGCGGCAGCUGGUUGGAGUACACCCUGGUGGUGGUUCUGGCCAGCAUACUGCUGCUGGGCUCUCUAGGACUCACCCUGUUCUGGGUGAUACAGUACCAAGGGGGCUUCGCGUGGAGAGAAGACCCUAGCAAAGAGUUCAACCUGCAUCCAGUGCUGAUGGUCGCAGGUUUCAUCACCUUCAGCGGAUUCUCGAUUCUACUCUACCGGAUAUGCAGAUGCUGCAGACGGAUAUACGUGAAACUCCUGCACACGGUGUUUCACGCCCUGGCUAUUCCCUGCGUCGCCGUUGGAUUCCUGGCCGUCCUGGAUUCCCAUAACCUCAAACAGCCUGCGAUACCGAACUUCUAUUCGCUGCACAGUUGGAUAGGGCUGGUUACCAUGGGAUUGUUCGCCAUACAGUUCGUCGUCGGAUUCUUCAGCUUCCUGGUGCUUCUGUGCUGUGAGGGCGCAACCGCCGGCUUUAGGGCCGCUCUGGUGCCCAUCCACGCCUCCUUCGGCCUCACCACCUUCAUGCUGGCCAUCGCGGCUGCGGUUACAGGUCUCACGGAGAAGGUUAUGUUCACUCUGGGGAAUACAUACUCGGAAUGGCCGGAACAAGGGAUCGUAGUGAACGCGUUGGCAAUGGUGCUGAUAGCUCUGGGUAUCUUGGUAUCGUUCGCUGUUCGCAGCCCAACUCUCAGCGCUGACACCAAGCUCUUGGUAACAGAGAGGUUGUAG